AUUCAUAUGGAGAUGUGGGACUAUAAAUAGGAGGGAUGAAGCCAGCAGAGAUCAGAUUCUCUCUACAGAGACCUCUACAGCUCAGAGAUCCAGCCAUGGCACCUACAAUCACUGCAGCAAUGACCAAUUCUCAGGAGCAUCUGACUCUGACCCACAAGCUCAGAAAGCCUCUGGUGGAGAAGUUACGCAGAGAGCGAAUCAACAGCAGCAUUGAGCAGCUCAAGUCUCUCCUGGGUCCAGGAGACAUCCUGGAGAUGACCGUUUGUGUCCUGAGACGACUGCAGCAGCAGCAGCAUCAAGCUGUGGACUCAGCAGCUGUUGAUCAGGGCUACUCCAGGUGUGUCCAAGAGGUGGAACACUUCCUGUCCAAGGAACAGGUGAAGACACAGUCCCAGAGAAGACUUCUGACCGACUUCAACAAGCUGCAGUCUUCCUCUGAUAAGAACCUGAGAGAGGCUGACUUCUCUCUUCUGAGCUCCACAGUCCAGACCAGCAUCACCACAGAGAAGAGUCCAGCCAACAGCGCCCCCUGGAGGCCGUGGUAGACACCUACAGACUGGAGUGACUACCAGACAAACUGAGACGACCACAUUGGUCAAAGAUUACUGGACUGAAUUCUAUGAAAUUUUAUGGACUUGUUCUUCUGUAUGAACAGAAGCUGUAUUUUGUGUGUUUUCUUUGUGCAAGAUGACAUUUCCUGAGGAAAUGACAGCAACAAUAUCUUUCAAGUUAAGAAAGAGAACAUCUUGUCAUGCAUGUUGCAUGAACCAAAUCUGAUUGCAUCAGCAAUUAUUAUCAUGCCUCACUGUACUUCCAGUAUUGGAAGUAUAUAAUGCUAUGGUAACAUCUAUUAUCUUUUGAUUGUUAUUGAUCAGACGGAUCAAAAAACUUUAACUGUCCUUUUUGUGGACAUAUUGUCAUAAUGGACUUUCCCUCACUUUAUGUGAUUACUGAAAAUUGAUCUGUUGUAAGAUCAGUAUGUUUCUCCUUCUACUGUAAAAGGUUUGUUUAAUAUCACAGUUUUCCAGUGACAAUGUAAUUUGUACAUUUUGAGAAUCAAUUGAGUUUAGUGGUUAUUAAGAACUAUGUGACCUGUUGUAAGGUCACGUUAUACUAUUUUUCUAUUUUGUUCAUUAAUUGCAAAUGUUUUGAUCCAUUUGGGGAAAAAAAUCUCAAAGGACAGUGAGUACUGUGUCUUCAAAUAUUGUAAAUCAUUUGUCUUUUAUAAAGACAGCUGUUCCUUUACUCUCUCUGAGUACAGUGUGUCUUGUAGAAAUCUACAAGUUGUUGUUGUUGUGAUGUAUCAUCACCUCUAGUUGGAACUUUUUUACUUGAUGUGGCUCAUUGUGCCUUGUUGAAUAAACAAACACCUCCUGUC